AUUGCGAUUCAGGUCUUGAUCGAUAUACUGUCUAUGGUUGAUCGUCAGCCACGUUGUUCGCAACACUAAUGUCUGCCCAACAGCCUGCAAGCAGCCUAACCGAGGCAGCAGCGUUACUUCACACUGUACUGGCGUCAGCGGAGACCAUCAGAACCUUGUCUAAUGCGACAACAGUCGGGCAGCAACCGACGGUUGCAACUUCAAGCUCAAGCCGCGACACACUGGACAGUCACAUAGCGUCGCUUUUCCCCUCCGGACAGCACAGCACCGUGACACUGCCCACUGCAGCUCCAGUCCGGAGAGAGUGUGCGCCGCGUUAUCAAGCGCAACGCUUCAGCUCUUGGACUUCAGCCACGAGGAGGAAAAGAGUCAGGACACAGCAGCAUGACCAUUUCAACAAGGACGUAAUACUACUCCCUAAUCAAUCAUGGGGAGUAGUGUGCAAACAAGGUCCAAAAUCAUGGUUACACAAACAUGGACACAUCCUCAGUGCCUUUGAAUUACAGAAGGACUGGGACCACCAGACUGUUUUAGAACGCAUCAGGGAUGGCUUUGGUGAGAACAUUCCAGAUGAUGUCAGCCUCCAGUUUCUCAUGGCUUGUGGCAAUAAGCUGGUAUUCCCUAAGCUCCAGGAUGGUCAGGAGCUGAAUGGGAUGCUAAUUCACAAGGUCUUUAAAACCAAAGCCCUGUAUGUGAGACCAUCAAGGACCCUUUUAAUUCGCACAGACAUGAGCAGUAAUGGCACCACCAGGGCUGCUACCAGGUUUAGAGCAAUGAAGAGUAAUGAGUAUCCCAGUACUAGCAGUCAUGAUGGAGAGGGCAAACCUGGCACUAGUACUGGUCAUGAAGACAGCUAUGGCCCCAAUCACACUGUCAGCAGUAGUGGUCAUGAUGGAGGCUGCCUUGCAAGAGGUGAUGGGAGCGCUGGCACCAGUGGUGAUGAUGGAGGCUACCUUGCAAAUGGUAAUGGGAACCCUGGCACUAGUGGUACCACAACUGAUCAUGUUGGUGACUACGCUUCAUAUUUGACACUCGUGGCUACUCUUCCGCCUGACUCUUCAGAUGAUGAGGAAUUAAACCAAGCCAUAUUUGCCAGUAUGGAGAUUCAAAUUGCAGAAAAGGUCCCAGUCCAAGAGAUACUGCUGGAACUGUCAAGCAAAAUUAGCACAAAACGGCAGUGCAAAUUUAAUAUAAAUCGCUCUGCUGUCUGGGAAGGAGCCAUGCGGGGCUUCCAAAGGGUAUCCUACGACCCCAAUUUGAUGAUCUGUGUAAAAUUCUCCGAUGACAUGGGGAGAAAUGAAGAAGGAGUUGAUUUAGGAGGACCAAGAAGGGAAUUCUUAAGGCUGCUGAUGGAGACUAUUGCCAGGUCACCCAUGUUUGAGGGAAAAGAAAACAGCAAGAACUUGGCUCUUGACAGUACUGCUCUAAGAGAGGACUGGUACUACAUUGCUGGCAAAGCCAUUGCAGUGAGCUUGGUACAUGGCGGUCCACCACCAAACUUCCUCUCGCCAACAGUAUUUUGUCUUCUGGUCAAUGGUUCAGUAAAUCCAAAACUAGAAGACAUAGCUGACACAGAACUCUUGGAAAAAGUAAAAAAGGUAUCUGAAAGUACAACCCUUGAGGACCUUGAGAAGUCAAAUGCACCUUUGCUUGACUACUUGGCCAAUGCAGGAUGUCUGAGGCCUAUGCGGUCGAUAAGAGACAGGGAUUUGCUGGUACAAGACAUUGUCAUGUUUCAGGUCAUCCACAGGGUUCAAAGUCCAUUUCAAAGAUUCUGUGAAGGACUGAAAACUCUUGGGGUUCUGGACCAAGUACGACGACAUCCAGACAGCUUUCGACCCCUGUUCUGCUAUGAGCCAAACACACUGACUGCUGACCAGAUGAUCUUUUCAGCAUUCGUCUCUCUCCAGAAGGGAGCAACAAGAGAGCUGCUGAGGAGAUGGUCGUUACUUUCUGGAGGGACUAUCUCCAAGAUGCAGAAGUUCAUUCACAAAGGAGAUGAUGGCUUCUCUACAUCAAUGUUCCCUCUUGCCAACACAUGUGUUAACUGCAUCAAGUUGCCACUACAUGUGUCUUACCAACUGUUCAAGGAGAAGUUUGACUUUGCAUUAGGAAACACAUAUGGGUUUGGCAGGGCAUGA